UUGUCACCUGAGCAACAAAAUUUAUGGACCCAUUAUCAUGAUAUUCUUUUUUUUGAUACUACUGCUCGUACUAAUAAGUAUAAUAUGAUGGCUUGUUUUUUUGUCAUAAUCGAUAAUUGUAAUCGAACACGACUUGUUGCAACUGCAUUACUUGAAAAUGAGACAGAAAGUAGUUUUGUCUGGGCAUUACAAAUGAUUAAAAAAUGCAUGGAAAAUUUAAUGCCAAAA